AUGGGUUUGCGCAUCAGAGAGCAUUCGCCAUGGACAUGGACGCACCUUAGCAUUGGAUGCGUUUUUAUGCUGGGUUGCGCUUUGUUGUUUGUCGAGAAUUCACCUGCGCUAGCCGCAUUGGUGGCACAGUCAGAUGGCGCAGUUGCAAUUAGCGCCAGAAUACAGCCCAACUUGAAUGAUUUGGAAGUAGCCGCUUCAGAGAAGCAUGAGAAACAUGAGGAUGAAAAGAAGGAAGAGGAAGAAGAGGCGGAAGAGGAGGAGGAAAAGGAGGAAUCGUAUGAGGAAAAAUCUGAAGAGGAGAAGCACAGUGAACAUAAGAAAAAGAAAGGUGAAAAGGGCAAGAAGGGGCAUAAAGAGGAGGAGCACCACGAGAAGGGCGAAAAGGGCCAUCACGAUAAGGAGGGUAAAAAGGGUGAGAAAGAAGAGGAGGAGGGACAUGAGAAAAAACACAAAAAAGACGAAGGUCACCAUAAGAAACAUAAGAAAGCGAAAAAGGGUGAAAAGGGACAUGAAUUUGAAGAUCACGGCUCAUAUAAGAAGGGCCAUUCCAUUAAGGGUAAACAUCACGUACACAAGUUAAACGAGGAUAAGAAAGAGAAAAAAUACUACGACGAACACCAUGACGAGGGUGAAGAGGAGAAACAUGGCGGUUUCAAGGAAGAGAAAAAACAUAAAAAAGGCAGUCAUCAUAAAAAGGGCGGACACAAGAAGAGCGCACACGAAGACGAAUAUGACAAGAAGGGGCACAGUAAGAAAGGUCACAAACAUAAGGGGCACAAGGGUCACAAGAAGGAGCAUGAGGAGAAAAAGAAGUGGGCCGAAGAGCAUGCGGGCGACAAAAAGAAGGGGGAGGAAGAGAAAAAGAAGUGGAAAAAGUCGGAGAAGAAGGAGAGCAGCAGUGGUGGUGGUGGCGGCCAUGGACACGAUUGGUAA